CUCCCAGCUUAUAUAUAUACACCCAUCAUUUGUCUCUUUAGCACAUCACAUAGCAAGUUCUAGUCUUCACCAUUUUCUGACAAUGGAGUUGUUAGGGAUGAGUCCGAUGAGGACCAAAAUGACCAGGAUAGUCACAGUCCUUCUCUUGGUGGGUUUUAUAUUGGGUGUAAGAGGUGGUGAGGCCAGGAAAGGAAAGGUGACAGAGUCCUUUGCGUACACGGGGAUAAGUUGCAGACGACACACUGCAUCAAUCACAGACUUUGGAGGAGUUGGUGAUGGGAAAACAUCCAAUACUAAAGCAUUCCAGGAUGCAGUUAAUCAUCUCAGCAAGUAUGCAUCUGAUGGAGGGGCUCAGCUUUAUGUUCCUGCUGGAAAAUGGCUGACCGGGAGUUUUAGCCUAACCAGCCACUUCACUCUCUAUCUUCAAAAACACGCUCUUCUUCUUGCUUCUCAGGAUAUGAAAGAAUGGCCUGUUUUGAAGCCUUUGCCAUCCUAUGGUCGUGGAAGGGAUGCAGCUGGUGGAAGGUUUACCAGCCUCAUAUAUGGCACUAAUCUCACUGACGUCAUCGUUACAGGGGCCAAUGGUACUAUCGACGGUCAAGGUUCAUUCUGGUGGCAAAAAUUCCACAAGGGAAAGUUGAAAUACACCCGGCCUUACAUAAUCGAGUUUAUGUACUCGGAUACCAUUCAAAUUUCCAAUCUAACCCUUCUGAACUCCCCAUCAUGGAAUGUUCAUCCAGUUUAUAGCAGCAACAUUCUUAUAAAAGGCAUUACAAUCCUCGCUCCUGUCAAAUCUCCUAACACUGAUGGCAUCAAUCCAGAUUCUUGCACCAAUGUUAGGAUUGAGGACAGUUACAUAGUCUCAGGGGAUGACUGUAUAGCAGUGAAGAGUGGUUGGGAUGAAUAUGGGAUUUCAUUUGGGAUGCCCACCAAACAGUUGGUCAUCAGGAGGCUGACAUGCAUUUCUCCUUACAGUGCCGCCAUCGCAUUGGGAAGCGAGAUGUCGGGCGGAAUCCAGGAUGUCAGAGCCGAAGACAUCACUGCUGUUCAUACGGAAUCCGGGGUCAGGAUCAAGACUGCAAGAGGGAGAGGAGGGUUUGUGAAAGACAUCUUCGUGAGAAGAAUGUCUUUGCACACCAUGAAAUGGGUGUUUUGGAUGACAGGGAACUAUAAACAACAUGCUGAUAAUCACUACGAUCCCAAUGCAUUGCCAGUGAUUCAAGGGAUCAAUUAUAGAGACAUUGUGGCCAAUAACGUGUCGAUGGCGGCCAGAUUGGAAGGCAUCGAGGGUGAUCCAUUUACUCAAAUCUGCAUAGCCAAUGUCACAAUUGGAAUGGCAGCUAAAGCAAAGAAGGUGCCGUGGACUUGCACUGAUGUUGAGGGGAUCACAAGUGGAGUUAGUCCUCGGCCAUGUGACCUAUUACCUGAUCAAGGACAGAAGAAAAUCGCAGCUUGCGACUUUCCGGCCGAGCCCUUGUCCAUUGAUAGAGUGGUGCUAAAAACUUGCACCUAUAGGGUCAAUCAUAUGUGAUUGAAUCCUUUAAAGUAAAACCUAAGUCGAUUGUUACAUGUAGUAAGAUUCUCAUAAUUAUCUUAUGACAAGUUGCAUCAUAUUAUAAUAACGUAAA